AUGCGAAUUGACUUCGCAUCCAAGAUGUCGGGAAUCCCACCGAAGAACUGGCAGCCGGCAAAUGUUACCCUGGAAACAACAAUGGGUAACAUAGUUAUAGAGCUGUACUGGAAACACGCCCCCAACACAUGCAGGAACUUUGCUGAGCUGGCCCGGAGGGGGUACUACAAUGGGGUUAAGUUCCAUAGAAUUAUUCCGGACUUCAUGAUUCAAGGUGGUGACCCCACUGGUACAGGGAGAGGUGGAGCAUCCAUCUAUGGCCAAGAAUUUGAGGAUGAGAUCCAUCCUGACUUGAAGCACACUGGGGCAGGUAUCCUGUCCAUGGCCAACAGUGGACCUAACACAAAUGGGAGUCAGUUCUUCAUUACAUUGGCCCCAACACAGUGGUUGGACGGCAAACAUGCUAUCUUUGGGAGAGUGGCAUCAGGUAUGUCUGUGGUCCAGAGACUGGGAAUGGUCGAAACUGACCAGAACGACAAACCAGUGGAGGACGUCAAGAUACUGAAGGGACGAAUCACGCCCACCUGAGGAAUAACACGCGCUGAUUAUUGGUGUAAUGGCUGGCCAAUGACUGAACAGGAUUGGAUGAAUGAAGUGGGAAUGGACUG